AUUAUAUAUUAAUUUAGUGUCUGAAGUCCCUAAAAAAUGCAAAAAAAGAUCUGAAAAUUGGACACAUGACCAGUUGGUUUUAUUGGCUCAACAGUACAGUGCAAAUAAGCAAAUGCUUGAUGGAAAGUUUUCUCAAGUUGUCUCUAAACUAACAAAAGACAGCCUGUGGUCCAAAAAUUGCUGACCAAGUUUCUCUUCUUGGAUCAGAUCGAACAGUGCUUCAAUGUAAGAAGAAGUUAUCUGACCAGAAGUCAGAAACCAAGGGAAAAGCAGCCCGCAUCACAUCCAGUUUGAAUCAAACUGGCGGAGGUGAAGGAUGCAGCGAUCAGCUUAAUGUUGUUGAUGAACUGUUGAUUGCUAAAAUGCCAAAAGUUUCUUACAUGGGAAUUCCUGGAGGUUUUGACUCUCAGCAAAAAACUAUUGUCCAAGAAGUACUUUUUGAUGAAGUUUCUGGAAAAAUUGGUACGGAUACUGAGGUUGAAAGUUUCAGUGAAAUUUCACUGCCGAUAAUAAUAAACAAAGAGGUUUUUGAUGAACCAUGCACAAUACAUGCUUCACAACUUGAUAAUACAGAAAGUUCAAAACUAGUUUACGUAAAGAGAAAAACUCCUUUGCGAAAAUCAUUAGAUUUGUCAACUACUUCCUCUGCACCGUUUUCACAUUUAUUCAAUGUACCUUUGUCUAAUGCUGUACCAACUGUAACUCAACAUAUUAGCACCUCUACAGCUGCCACUGAAACAAUUUCAAUGCUGGAAAACCAGAAUAUCAAAAUUAAAAAACCGAGAAUGUCGAAUAAUACAAAGCUGUCAUCAUUGAAUGUAGAUAAUUAUAUGUCAGAUAUGGCAAAAAUUGGGGCGAAAAUUGUAACAGCUGGAGAGAAAAUUGCCACUGCUCUAAAUCCAACUGUGAAAAAAACGCCACUUUUAGAGAGUAUUGGUUAAACGAAACGCCACUUUUAGAGAGUAUUGGUGAAUCUCUCAGUCGCAUAUCUACAUUAAUGGAACGUUUUUGUGGAUCCACUGAAAGGAUUGCCUGUGCUCUUGAGUCAGUUAAUAAUACUAUAAAUGCUAAUAAUAAUAAAU